AUGGGGCUAAUGCGAAAGAUCCACGCGAAGCGUUGGUGGGUGGCUGGGCCUGUGGGUGGCAGUUACCCGGGUCCGGACCCGGUGGCCGGCUUCCUGAGUUGGUGCCGGCAGGUGGGGCUGGAGCUGAGUCCCAAGGUGACGGUGAGCCGGCAGGGCACCAUGGCCGGCUACAGUAUGGUGGCUCCAGAGGAUGUGCAGCCCGGAGAGCUACUGUUCGCGGUUCCGCGGGCCACGCUCUUGUCGCAGCACACCUGCUCAGUCGGCAGCCUGCUGGAGCGAGAGCGAGGGGCGCUGCAGAGCCAGUCAGGUUGGGUGCCGUUGCUGCUGGUGCUGCUCCACCAGCUUCGACCCAGCUCACACUGGAGGCCCUACUUUGUGCUCUAGCCUGAGCUAGGCUGCUUGGAGCACCCCAUGUUCUGUUUUCAGGAACCACUGGAGGAAGAUGAUGAUGAAAAGGAGCCAAACUGCCCUUUGAGGGUGCCUGCUGCAGACAUACUAAACCACUCAGCCAAUCACAAUGCCAAUCUAGAAUGCUGUGCAGAUUGUUUUCGGACGGUGGCCACUCAACCCAUUCCUAAAGGCCAUGAGAUUUUCAACACUUACAGGCAGAUGGCUAAUUGGCAACUACUUCAUAUGUAUGGUUUUGUUGAACCAUAUCCUGACAACACAGAUGACACAGCUGACAUUCAGAUGGUGACAGUUCGUGAAGCAGCAUUACAACGAACAAAAGUUGAAGCUGAAAGGCUCCGCCUGUUUGAACGCUGGGAUUUUUUAUGCAAACUGGAGAUGGUAGGGGAAGAGGGAGCCUUUGUGAUUGGGUGGGAGGAGGUGCUGACUGAAGAGGAACUGACUACCACCCUCAAGGUACUGUGCAUGCCCGCUGAGGAGUUUAGAGAGUUUAAAGACCAGAAUGGACGGGGAGAUGAUAAAAGGGAAGAGGAAAGCCUGACCAUCACAAGCAUCCCCAAGCUCACAGCAUCAUGGAGACAACUGCUUCGGGACAGUGUUUUGUUGACCCUGCAAACCUACACCACAGACUUAAAAUCUGAGCAAGAAUUACUGAGUAAUAAGGAAGUCUAUGCCCAACUCAGCUGGAGGGAACAGCAGGCCUUACAGGUUCGUUAUGGUCAGAAGAUGAUCUUACACCAAUUGUUGAAGGAACAUCCAUGA